GUGGAAUCCCACUGCCCCAUUCCCGACCGAACCCCUUCCGUCCCGUUGUCCUGUCUCUGCUUCUGAUCGUCACCAUGUCCGCCCACGUUCCGGCUUGGAAGCGAUUGGGCCUCAAGCUCAAGGGACCUGUGUCAGGCGAAGCUACCACCAGCUCGACUGGCUUCAAUGCACCAAGAGCAAGCCCUGCCGCGCAAGCCCCAAACGCCGGCCAAACUCGGGUCAACGGAAGCCCGGCGAGCGCCGUCAAACGAAAGCUGCCAAGUUCCGCAUCCGCGCCGAACGCCGCGUCUUCGCAGACGCCGAAUAAAAAACCUCGGAGGGAGGACCAAUCAGCGGCGGGCCAAGGGACACCGUCCUCGCUGAGAAAAUCGGUGUCGUUCGCUGAAGGCACCAAGGACAACACUAAGGACAAGGCCGAGAAGAAGAAGAAGAAGAAGAAGAAGGCGAAGAAAAAGAAAGCCAAAAAGACAACCGACGCUCCCAAAGCAGACACCAACCUCGAACCAUCCCUCCACUACCUCCGCCAGUGGCACACGGCAAGGGAUUCGUGGAAGUUCAACAAGAACCACCAGACGCUCCUCAUCAAGUACGUUUUUAACGGGGACAAAGUACCAUCAUCCGACAUUGCCAUCUUUUACGAUUACAUCCGCGACUUGAAAGGCUUCGUACGGACAAGAUUACGGGAAACAGCCGCCGAGAUCAAACAGAAAGACAUGGAGGCUGGCGCGGGCGCAUUCCCCGCCACCCUCAAGGACAAGGAAACCAAGCAAAAAGAAUACGAGGAGACAAUAUCCCGGUUCCUGCAAGACCUUCAGCAGCAGCAGCAGCAGCAGCAGAAAGCCAAGGGCAGCGGCAAAAACGCCAAUGGAAAGAGGACACUCGAUGAGGUAAAUUAUGUUUUGCGAACCGCGACGCCAGAAGUCAAGCAGCGCCUGGUAAAGCGCAUCCGCGCGGAACUGGUGGCCGACGUGCUCUCUGAAAGCGAGGAGAGCACAACAUCACGCGCGACGGCCUCCACAGCAACAACGAGCACGUCGUCGUCGUCAUCCGCGUCGGGCCGGGAAGCUGUCGCCGUAGCGGACGGGACAGCUGGGACCAGGCGCGGUGACGGCUCGCAGCAGCCGGCGAAGCGACGCAGGCUGCGCAAUAUUCGCACGGACAUCGGCGACGACGACGAUGACAGCAGCAGCAGCAGCAGCAGUAGCAGCACCAAUAGUAGUAGUAGCUCGUCCGAGUCGGAGUCGGAGGAGAGCGAUUCGGAAGAGAGUAGCAGUGGCAGCGACGAGUCGUCCGAGGACGAGGAGAUGGACAUGGCGCCAGGCGGGGAAGCGGCGGAGUCGUCAAGCUCGAGCAGCAGCUCGUCCUCUGAAUCGGGUUCGGAAGCUGACACAGAGUCGGAUGAAGAGAGAGACAAAUGUGCCACCCAAUGCUGUGUGGGAUGCCACCGCGGCUGGCAAAUCCCUUGGAACAUAGCUCCCAACCGUGCCAAACGACGACUACCUCCCUCGAGUUGA